AUGGUGGACUUGGACAUGGCUAUGGUUGCAGUACCUGUUCCAGUGGACCGUCCCUACCCAGUUGCUGUUCCCAGGCCUUACCCAGUCACUGUGGAGAAGCACGUUCCAGUACCAGUAGACAGGCCAGUACCAGUGCCUGUUCCUCAUGCUGUACCCUACCCAGUUGUGAAACAGGUUGGUGUACCAGUCCCAGCUCCUUACCCCGUACCAGUAGCUAAGCCAGUAGCUGUUCCUGUACCCCACCCAGUUGCUGUUCCAGUGUCAUCUGGCAUAAUCUCCUCAGGAAUCGGCUUAGGAUACUCUGGCGGCUACGGAGGUGGUUACGGAGGUGGUUACGGAGGUGGAUACGGAGGUUCAUACGGAGGUGGAUAUGGCGGUUCGUACGGAAGCGGAUACGGAGGUAGCUAUGGAAGCCAUGGCCACAAGAUCUGGUAA